CCGCCGGAGCCCGGCAGUCCCUAGCGCAGGCUGAGGGCUUUCUGCAAGUCAUCGGAGCCGGCAGACGCGCCCCGCGCUGCCCUCCCGCUACCCCCGCCCAGAGCAUCCACUCGGGAAUUUUUCGUUUUGUUUUUAUUUAUUUAUUUAUUUAUUUUAUUUUCCUCCCCCGUGCUGUAUGCACUGGUUUUCCUCGUCACCCGCCACGGUUAACUUCCCUGUGACUCGGUUUAACUCUUGAGAUCUACGUGGAUGUUGCUAAGAGCACUUCUCUUGCCUUUGCUGUCCCUUGCUGGGAUCGGAUUCACACUACCCGGACCCUGUGUGCCUGUAUGUGUGUUCUGAGUGUCUUGACAUUUGGGUUCCUUUACAAGAGCUAUGCAUUAAUUGUAACCAAGACCUGUGAGUGACCAUAGGCUUGGCUUGACCUUGAUUUUGAUGGCUUUGUUGGAAGAUCUAAUGAUGUGAUUGCAUUUCAUGAGGUGAUUGCUCUCCAGCCUCCGUGGCUCAGGGUAUAAACCGCUUCUGCCACGCUGUCACUCAUGGACAAUUCAGAUUUUUUUUUAAACAAACCUUUUGGCUAUCAUUAUUUUCUCACUUCUCCUUUCCCUGCUGUUUUUCCUUAAUGCUGGGAGCCUUAUUCUACCCUCUGAUGUGAUUGAUAGUCCUGCUGCUUUGUGCUGUUGAUUUCUGGUUUAAAGUACAAUGGCUCUAAGUGGCAACUGCAGGACUUACCUUCCUCCUCGGGAGCAGGGGACUGGACUGCACUCCUUCCCAGAGGUAGUGGAGCUCAAUGUGGGCGGCCAGGUUUACUUCACUCGCCACUCCACCUUGGUUGGCACCCCUCACUCCCUGCUGUGGAAAAUGUUCACCCCAAAGAGAGACACAGCCAACGAUCUGGCCAAGGACUCCAAGGGAAGAUUCUUCAUCGACAGAGAUGGUUUCCUUUUCCGCUAUAUUCUGGACUAUCUCAGGGACAAGCAAGUGGUUCUGCCCGACCACUUCCCAGAGAAGGGAAGGCUCAAGAGGGAGGCUGAGUACUUCCAGCUCCCGGACUUAGUCAAACUCCUGACUCCUGAUGACAACAAGCAAAGCCCUGAUGAUUAUUGCCACAGUGACUACGAAGAGGUCUCCCAAGGCAGUGACACGAGAAUAUGCCCACCCUCAUCGCUCUUACCACCGGAUCGGAAGUGGGGAUUCAUUACCAUUGGGUACCGGGGGUCGUGCACUAUUGGCAGGGAGAGCCAAGCAGAUGCCAAAUUUAGGAGGGUCCCAAGGAUUUUGGUUUGUGGAAGGAUUGCUCUGGUCAAAGAGGUCUUUGGAGAAAGUUUGAAUGAAAGCAGAGACCCAGACAGGGCUCCAGAAAGGUACACCUCCAGGUUUUAUCUCAAGUUCAAGCACCUGGAGAGGGCUUUCGACAUGUUGUCCGAGUGUGGAUUCCACAUGGUGGCCUGUAACUCCUCGGUGACAGCUUCCUUCGUCAACCAGUACACAGACGACAAGGUCUGGUCCAGCUACACUGAAUAUGUCUUCUACCGUGAGCCCUCCCGGUGGUCCUCGUCCCACUGCGACUGCUGCUGCAAGAACGGCAAAGGCGACAAGGAGGGCGAGAGCGGCACGUCCUGCAAUGAGCUGUCGACGUCAAGCUGCGACAGCCAGUCGGAGGCCAGCUCCCCCCAGGAGACCGUCAUCUGCGGCCCCGUCACGCGCCAGACCAACAUACAGACUCUGGACCGGCCGGCCAAGAAGGGCCCCGUGCAGCUGCUGCAGCAGUCCGAGAUCCGCAGGAAGAGCGACCUGCUCCGGACUCUCACCUCCGGCUCCCGCGAGUCCAACUCCAGCAAGAAAAAAGCAGUGAAGGAGAAGCUCUCCAUUGAGGAGGAGCUGGAAAAAUGUAUCCAGGAUUUCCUCAAAAUCAAAAUCCCAGACAGGUUUCCCGAGAGGAAACACCCCUGGCAAUCUGAACUGCUGCGGAAGUACCACCUUUAGGCUCAGGGUGGGGAGAGCACAUGACCUUAUUACAUUAGAGACAGAUCCUAAUUGAUACAAAAAUAAUUCCCAAUAAUAAUUAUUUGUUAGGUCACCAAAACCAAAACACAUCUCUAGUACUGCCUAAUUUGCCUAUUUCACCUUAACAUUUCUAGUCAUAGGGUAACCAUAUUUUUUGCAGUCCUGGAAGCACAAUGACAAACGCUUUCGUUUGUAAACUCGGAGUCUUACACAAGCUGAAAACCUUAAGGGCACAACCAGCCCCAUGCCAAGGGAUGGUUGCAUGUGGCUGCCAGUGCCGUGGGAGCGUGGCCUGGGAACAGGCAGGUCAGGGGGAUAUGAGCUCCGUGCCCUUUGUGUCUUCCUCGGAGCUCGUCUGUUUGGAGGGAGGUGCACAGUGCAAAGCCCCAAGCUCUACUGUGGCAGUUUAAGCAUGUGUAUAUAUAUAUAUGUGCAUAUAUAUAUGUGUGUAUAUAUAUCUCUGUGUAUAUAUAUAUGUAUAUAUAUCUCUAUAUAUAUAUAUCAAUAUAUAUUGCUUAAAGAUUUUCUGGCUCUCUCCUCAUAACUGCACUUUCUCAGAAAAGAGCAUUUUUUAGCUGUCUGUGGAUGUUCUGUUUCUUCUCCAGGUCUUUGAGGGCUGAACAGUAGAAAUCCAUCUCACUGUCUCUCCCCUGCUCCCUCUCCCUGUCCCUACCCCUGCUCUGAGACACUGUAAAUGUGUUUCAGUGGAGACCAGGGUGCAGUCUGUGGUUCUUUGUUGCCAUCAGCAAAAUACUCCCAUUUGUUCUGGAUGGUCUUGUCCCUCUGUGUCCUCCCCACACCUCUUGUGUUCCUCAAGGCUCUCCAGUGCCAGUGGGUUAAAGGUGUGCUGAUCCCAGCUGCAAAGCUGUAGGGCUGGUUCCAUGGCUGUGUAUGGAGUGGCUGUGCUAGUUCCUGUGGAUGCCAGGCACAAGUGCCAGGAGUGUCUAUCCCAGCUGGCAGGGACAGAGGGCACUGUGUCCCAUCCAGCAUGGAAGCACCCACAGAAAUCACCCGCCCAGCCAGCCUGGUGGUGCUCUGCGUGUGGGGAUCCAUUGUUGGAGGAGGGAGCAGGUGUGUGUCGAGAGAAAGUACAACCCCAGGAGGUACCUGUGUUCCAUCCCACAGAUUCUGUGGUGGGACAACCAGCAAACUGCUCUGUGUGUGCUGUGUCACCCCUGGAGCCGUGGGAAAGGCUGGUCCUGCUCUGACCCACGGGGUGUGGGAGCAAGGGGCAAAGGAGCAGGGGGGUCUGUGGGGUGCAGAAGGGCCAAGGGCAGCUGGGGCCUGAGCGUGGC